GCUUGAUCACAGAUAUAAUGAGUUUAAGCUGCGCGCAAUCAUGUCUGAACACAAGAAGACAAUCACAGCUAUAUCGUGGUGUCCACAAAACCCUGAGGUGUUUGCCAGUGCUAGCGCUGAUAACCUGCUCAUCAUCUGGAAUGUAGCUGAGCAGAAGGCAGUUACACGGCUUGACAACACGAAAGGUAUCCCAGCUUCUCUAAGCUGGUGCUGGAAUGCAGGUGAUAGCGUUGCGUUCGUAUCCCACCGGGGUCCUCUGUAUAUAUGGACCAUCUCUGGGCCAGACUCAGGAGUCGCUGUGCACAAGGAGGCUCACAGUUUCCUCUCGGAUAUCUGCCUAUUCCGCUGGCAUCCACUGAAGAAGGGAAAAGUGGUAUUUGGACACACUGAUGGAAGUCUGUCCAUCUUUCAACCAGCCUUUAGCACGAAUUCCCCUUCCAAGAAUCACUACACCUCCUCCACUAGUGAGGCUGUGCCUCCACCUACUCUUUCACAGAACCAGGCUUUCUCCCUCCCACCCGGCCACGCUGUCUGCUGUUUCAUGGAUGGGGGGGUUGGAUUGUAUGAUAUGGGCACCAAAAAGUGGGACUUCCUGCGGGAUCUGGUAGGAAAUGUGACAUGA